AAAAACAAUAUGACAAGUAUUGAAUACUUUUUAAAAGCAAUUGCAAAUUUAAUUUUUAAUAUUAAGCACGGGCCAAACGGGUAAUUUGUUAAUUUGUUAACGAUAUGAUAAUUUGUUAACAAUCGGUGUUUGGGGAAAUUAACCCCGGUUAGGAAUGUCGAAAAAAGCAGAAGUUGCGGCCUAUUUUGGAGUGCCAUGGCCAACACUUAAUGACGGAUUAACCUACCAUGAUAUUGUCCGACCCACCGAUGCUGGUCUUACACUGAUAAAAUUCUACUUUAGAAAGUACAAAAAUUCAGCUCCUUUACUAGGUUGGUUGCAGAGAAUUCAAAAUAAGCAGAUAACAGUUGAUGGUAAAGUUGUUACCUUACCAGAUACUGAACUCAGGGCAGGUGCUGAAUUAGUAUACCAUCGCCUUCCUUGGAGAGAACCUGAUGCACCUUACUUGUUACAAGUACUAUUUGAAGAUGACCACUUGAUUGUCGUAAAUAAACCUUCCGGUUUGCAAGUUCUUCCUGGAGGGUCGUACCAGCAGCGGACCGUCUUGACACAACUCCAGUGGCAUGCGUGCAAGCUGACAACCACUUCAUCAGGUUGUCAAAAAGCACAUCCAGUCCCAGUUCAUCGUCUAGGAAGGGGUACAUCAGGAAUACUGCUCUGUGCAAAAACAAAGCCUGGUAAAUCUCGCCUUGCAGCAUAUUUUGCUGAGGGGACGUCAGUUGUUGAAGACAAAUACACCAACUCAGAGUGCAAUACAAUGAGGAAGAUUUGCAAGAUAUAUCGAGCGCUAGUAAGUGGUGUGAUGGCUAUGGAUGAGGUUGUCAUCAAGCAACCAAUUGGUACAAUUAAAUACCCUGGAGUUGCUAAAGGGCUGUAUGUUGCUUCUCCUUCAGGGAAGCCAGCUCUGAGCAGCGUUCGCGUUCUUGAUAGAGAUUUGGAGAACAACUGCACAUUGGUUCAGGUUGAAAUUCAAUCUGGAAGGCCACACCAAAUCCGCAUCCACCUCUCUUUCAUUGGACAUCCGCUAAUUGGUGAUCCUCUUUAUGUAUCUGGCGGGCAACCAAAGUGCUUUCAUCCUGAAUUAAUGGGUGAAAGUUUUGAGAAAGAUGGCGGCUAUCAAAGACCUGAGAAUCCGGUUCCUGGGGACUGUGGAUAUAACUUGCAUGCGCAUCAAAUAGUUCUUAUUCACCCCAUCAUAAACGAGGUAGCAGCACUGACUUUGCCAAAUGGGAUCUUACUACCUUGAGUGUGAUGUUUAAGGCUGGAUGGGUCUUAACUCCACAAACCUUAAGCAUGUACUCAUCAAUUCCUUUGGUCUGACUGUGGAACUAGAUUGAUUGAAUAUUGGGUUGAAAAAGCCGGGCUUUCAAUGCUUCAGAUUUGGGCUGGGACAUCUUCAGUUUUGGCUAAUAGACAAAGAGGAUCAUCUCUGACAAUUGCAUUGUUUUUUUAAACAUUAAAACAAGGCUGCUUUCCUAGACAUCUCAAUUCAAAGUAAACUUGUUGACAGUAGCUCUUCAUCUUGCAGCUUAUCAAAAUUACAGCACCUCUUCCUGCUUUCCUUCAAACACAAGAAGAA